AUGGAACAAGAACCCGCCCUCUCCACCUCCAUGGGGACAGAUGGAGGAAGAAGUGCCUUCGCCACUGUCCGUGGUAAGAUUUAUGCCCCAGAAUCCCCGUCCGCAUCUUCUUUGGGUAGCAGUGAAGAUGUUCUCGGGUACAAUGGGAAUUCUUUCUUGGCUGUGUCUGACAAUUCAGGCACCCUCCCCAUCGCCCCCAAGUCUGUCGUCGAGCUCGGCAGUGACAGUGUGAGCGUGCGCCUCGAAAAGGGCGAGAAUGUGGUGGUGGUGGGCCUUUACUCCUUGUGGGUGAAACAUGGCGAAGUGUCCCUGCUGGGCGCUUCUCUACAAGCAUCAGCCACCCUCCAUCAUGUCUCCGUCCCUGUUAUGCAUUCAAUUCCAUCCAUCACUGCGAUUAGUGCUCUGGCAGAAGUGGUGAUCUCCACGGAUGAUAAUGGGAUUCGCUACCUUGGAGAUGUUGCACGCCACUUUUCCGCUAUAUGGGAACCUACCUUUCUUGGGACAAUGAUGUCCUUCCAUGUGCUAGGCUACCAUUCCAAGAACAUUAAAGAUGUGUCGAAAGAGCUCAGAGGUCUCACGCUUGAGCACUGGCUCCCCCCCAUUCGUCAAAUUCUCCGUGGUGGACGCAACACGAUUCCAAGAGUCCUUGUCACUGGAGCCAAGGGGACUGGCAAGUCGACUCUGUGCCGUGUUUUCAUCAACACAUUAUUGACUAUGAGUAUCCCCGGGAGCACGGUACCAACGAAAGCCUUUCCAGACGGCGUUCUUUUUCUUGAUAUCGACCCUGGACAGCCCGAGCUUUCGGCUCCAGGCAUCAUCUACCUUGCGCAUGUGCACGUACCGUUGUUAGGUCCGUCCUUUACCAACUUGGUCAUCCCUGACUCCACUGAAAACAUCAUGUUACGAAUGCAUUACCUUGGAGCCUAUACGCCACGAGAGUCUCCAUCCCAUUACCAGGACUGCGUGUCGGAUUUGUUGCGCCUGUAUCGCGGCUACCCAAACUUCCCAUUGAUUAUCAACACCUGUGGCUGGAAUACGGGAGCUGGCAAGCACGUCCUUCUCUCUACCGUACGAGAAAUAGUUCUGACAGAUAUUAUCUACAUUGGUGACACUCGCAAUGCAACAUUGCAAGAACUUAUGGAGUCAGAUGCUGGAGGUGAACACAAAGCUCUCACUCCACUACUGGCAGAAGCAAACAGAACUCCACUCAAAUCCGGAAAAGAUUUCCGAGAAAUGCAAUUGCAGGCUUAUCUGCACGCUUUGGGGGUCGUCAAUGGGCGCGUCUUGUUUGAUCAAAUUCCGCUCACAACAAUUCGAGAUGGCUUGCCUGCCAAUGCAGGUGUAUCAUACAAGCUUUCCAUGAUUGUCAUGCUUGACCAGAGCGUCAAACCUGAAUAUUUGGUCACCGCAGUAGAUGGCUCAGUGGCGGCGAUUGUUGUCAUCAAGCACGGUUCUCCAUUAUACGGACUGGCGGCUGGGGCGCAUACUCCCAAUGGUCAGGUACCAUAUUUGGUCUAUGGGAACAAGGUUGCAAAUCCAUUGGAUCCUGAGACCACAGAGUGCAUAGGUCUUGGUUACGUCACGGCGCCUAUUUCAGAGCACAGACAGCUACGCAUCAAAUCUCCUGUCUCAGCAGCACAUAUCACAUCACAAGCAGAGAAAGGCUACAAGAUUGCUCUCGUUCUAGCGCAGCAGCAGGGUCUAUGGGCGAACUUGGAGAGCAUCCAGGCUUGCGAAAAGCGACCUUAUCGACUGCAAUCUCGGAGAAGAGAGACAACUAUUGGUGGAGAGGGUGAAUGUGCUGAGAGUUUACCUGCAAGCACAGAGGCGCUAGCUGAACCUGGACGGGAAGGGUUCUUCGACGAGCUUGAGAAGGCUGGCAAGCACAAAGUUUGA